UGUGGUAUUGUUAUGUAUGUGUGUGAGUGUGUAUGGGUGAAUGUGAAAGGAAGGGAGUGUGGAGGAAGGGGGCAGCUGAUUUAGGGCCGUGGGUUUUCACUCUGGGGGCUCCCACAGACUCAGCACACGCUGUGCGUGACAGAGGGGAGCCUGCUGCGCCCUGUGCCCCUUGAAAUCAGCCCCUCACAGCCUCAGCGACUGCAAAGCAGGGCUGGGAACAUUAGCAACAAGGUGAAAGCUCCAUAGGGGAGGCGAGGAGCAGGGCACAGCUCUGGGCUUCACAGGAAAGGGGCAUCAGGCUAGCACACCCUACACAGGCUCCCCACCCUCUGUGUGCCCACUACUGCCCCAGGCAGGGGUGUGUGGGCGUGCAUGUUACAGAGCUGCUUGAAGUCAGGUGGUGGGUCAGGCUGCAGGGGGCUGGGAUCCAGGGCUGCCUUGCACCAUGUGGGGGGUGUAGCGGUGGCAGCGUGGGGGGGCACUCGUAAGUUGACCGGCAGAGUACUUGACGCUGCAGAAGGGAAUCCGGUUCUGAUCAUGGUAACGCAGAACCCAAAGCAGACCCCAUCGCCAGCGGAGACCAGGUCAGUCCGCGCCGUGGAGUGGGCGCAGCUGAGACAUCGUGUUGCCCAGUGGGAGAUGUCUGGAAAGAGCCUUGGGGGGGCCGCUCGGCGCAGGAGGACGCGCUGUCGGAAGUGUGAGGCGUGCGUGCGCACUGAGUGCGGCGAGUGUCACUUCUGCAAGGACAUGAAGAAAUUUGGGGGCCCCGGGCGCAUGAAACAGUCCUGUCUGAAGCGGCAGUGCACAGCGCCCGUUCUCCCGCACACAGCCGUGUGUCUCCUGUGCGGAGAUGCAGGGAAGGAGGACACCGCUCAGGACGAGGAGCAGAAGUUUAACCUGUCGCUCAUGGAAUGUACGAUUUGCAACGAGAUCGUCCACCCCGGCUGCAUCAAGAUGGGAAAAUCUGAAGCUGUAAUAAACACGGAGAUCCCCAACUGCUGGGAGUGCCCGAGGUGCAAGCGUGAGGGCCGUACGAGCAAGGACUCGUUGGACGGUUCUGGAAAGCGGCGUCUGGAUAACGGAGAGGACGCCGUCCGGUGGAAAUUGACAGACGACCCCGCUCCUGCUAAGAAGAAGCCGACGGAAGAUAAUUUAGGACAGAAAAGGAAGAAAGAGAAGGAUCCGCCAACCGACUCUGCCGUUAAAAAGAAGAUGAAGGUGGAGAAAGACAAGAAAGUGAAGAAGGAGCCGCCGGUCCCGUCAGAACCUGUCCCAGCCUUGGACCGCUCUCACCAGCGCGAGAAGAUAGAACGCUUCAAGCAGAUGUGCCAGAUGUUGGAGCGGGGCCGCAGCACCUCGUCCAGCUCCAGCUCGGACUCCGACUCGGACUCCGACUCCAAGGGUUCCCGGGGGAGCAGUGACACCGGAGAGGGGGGGGAGGGGAGGGAUUCACGGCUCAGCUUCAGCACCAGCUCGGAGGAUGAAGAGGAUGGAGGGCGAUCGGCCACCCUCGCUGAUGGACACAACGGCGCCAAGAACGGCAAGCAGAAGCCGUCGCGCACCAACUGGAGGGAGAAGGAGAACAGGAAGGCUGGCGGGGCUGGUGCCAGGAAGGGGCCUGGGGGCAGGAAUGCAGCGCAUGCCAUACCCCAGAGCCAGCUUCUGAAGAGGCCGCUCGUCCCCUCGCCUCCCAAGCCAGCCCCCCUUCAGAUGGAAAGGCACGUGGUACGGCCGCCCCCCCACAGCCCAGAGCCGGACUCCCUGCCGUUGGACAGUGGGACAGACCACGUAAUGCAGAGGGGAGUCUGGCUGUCCGUCUUCAGGCACCUGGGUCAGAAGGAGCUCUGUGUCUGCAUGAGGGUGUGCCGGACGUGGAACCGCUGGUGCUGUGACCGCCGCCUUUGGACAUCUAUCGACCUGAGCCGUAGGAAAUCAAUCACACCCCCUAUGCUGAGUGGUAUUGUCCGCCGGCAACCAAUCAGACUAGACCUCAGCUGGACCAACAUAUCAGAGAAGCAGCUGACCUGGCUAAUCCAUCGGUUACAGGGUCUGAAGGAGCUUGUGGUUGCCGGCUGCACGUGGAGCGCGGUGUCCUCUCUCUGCACGACCUCCUUCCCCUGCAUGUCUCUGCUGGACAUCUCCUGGGUUCAGGGAAUGAAAACUUCCCACCUCCGAGAGCUGCUUUCUCCUCCUUCCUCGGACUGCAAAACAGGGACGUCGGACCCCCGGGGUCGGCUGUCCUCCCUGUCGGAGCUGCGUCUCUGCGGUCUGGAGAUGGGAGACUCCGCGCUGCGUCUGCUGCUCCGUUACACUCCGCGGCUCCAUCACCUGGACCUCAGUCACUGCGUUCAACUGAGUGACCACGGGAUCCACAUCCUAACUGCUGCCACCUCCCCGCUCCGAGACAGUCUCACUCAUCUGAACCUCACAGGGUGCCACCGCCUGACCGAUCAGUCCCUGGCCUUCUUCAAGCGAUGCCCCCGGCUGACGCUCGUGGACCUGCGCUCCUGCCGGCUCCUCACGCACGAGGGUUUCCAGCGGCUCCUCCAGGAUCCCCCCUCCGAGCCCGACGGGAAGCCCUUCCAAUGUGCCGAGGAACAGGUGUUGAGCCGAGAGAGUUAGCGGUGGGGAAGGGGCCCCCGCCACAGCACUACAGCCCCUGGAUGGGGCAACUCUACUGUAUCUGCCUCCUCUACCUACCUAAGCCUUGCGCGCAGGUUUUGGAAAGGAGGGUGCACUGAAGAUCCCGAGUUUAACUGUUGAUGUACUAGGGAGGAGCUGCGCCAAACGGCAGCCGCGUUUCGUACGGAAACGGUUAAAAGGGAAAGGAACUUCCUACUAGCUCACGCUGGGGUUUGGGGUCUGGACACCCCUCUAUCUUAAUGAAAGUGUUCGGGACACCUUACGGUUAUUGUGACCUCACUCACCGGGUCCAGAGUGGUCCGUCGGCUAAUUCCACCCCCCUCCUACUCUGCUGGUACCCUUAACGGGGCAUUUGCUGAAGACGUGCAUGCGGGGUAGCGUGCGGCGCCCUUCAGGAGAGGAGGAGGU